AUACCGCACUGGGCGGGGCUGGGCCAGGCCACCCUCCCCAUUGCCACCCCUGCAAAUGCAAAACCAUAUCUCUUGGUUCACAAUUUAAACCCAAAUGCAAUCCAUAUCUUCCGUAUCCAUACAAGUACUCUGCAACUCCCACCAAUGGCUGCCUCUACAAUUUUUGCAGCCUCAAAACCCAUCAAUCUCCACCAACCAAUAGGCCCCAAAACCACUUUUCUCUCUCUAAAACCCAAUUCAAUUUCAGAAAACGUCUCAGCCCCUUCUAAUCAUAGAGCCCCAUCUUUGAAUCUCUCUUUAGAGGAUGUUUCCUCAACUAGAAAGCAGUUUUUAAAUGUGGGUUUCGGUCUUUUAGGCGCGUUAUUUGCAUUGCCAUUAGAGGAGGCUAGAGCUACAAGAGUUGAGUAUUAUGCUACAGUGGAGGAGCCUUCUUGUGACCUGAAUUAUGUCAAGUCUGGACUUGGGUACUGCGAUAUUUCGGUCGGCAAUGGUGUUGAAGCUCCUCUGGGCGAACUUAUAAAUAUUCACUACACUGCAAGGUUCAUGGAUGGAACAGUCUUUGACAGCAGCUAUAAACGAGGAAGACCACUCACAAUGCGUAUUGGUGCUGGAAAGGUCAUCCCUGGAUUGGAUCAAGGGAUUAUGGGUGGAGAUGGGGUCCCUCCAAUGCAUGCAGGUGGAAAACGCAAGCUUCUGAUACCUCCAGAAUUAGCAUAUGGCCCUGAACCAGCCGGAUGCUUUUCAGGUGAUUGUAACAUCCCGGCGAAUGCGACGCUUUUGUAUGACAUUCUCUUUGUUGCAGUUUACAAGUGAUCCAAACGGCAAUUUGUAAAGCCAAUGUAUCAAAAUGUAUCUAAAUAAUUCAUUUAAAUGUGAGUGAAGAAUUUUGAAACCAAA